ACUGGAAGGACAACACACGCUGUGUGUGUGUGAGAGCUACACCCGGCCUGCCUGUGCUGGGGGGGCUACACCCGGCCUGUGGCAAGGUGUCUCUGUUUGUGCAUCGGGAGCCGAUUUGCCCAUGGCCAAUAACCAGCCAGCGACUGUCCGACUGUACAACCCCCCCGCACACCCUCCCUCCCUCCUCCGCCUGUUGGCAGCGGGGAGGGUGUGAAACAGGCGCAGGGGAGGUGUAGCCUGGGCAGUUUCAGCAGAAAAAGAGCUGGGAUGGAUCCGGGAACCGGCUGGAUGGAUUAAACCGGGGAGGGGGGGCUGGGGGGGAAGCCUGGGGUCCCCCCCUUGCACCCCUGGAUUGGGGCCACACACACACACACACAGCGGUUGUGCAUCCACCGAUCCAGGAAGCAGAACAGCACAUUCCAGAGAGGAAAGACAUUGGGGUCGGGGGCUCAUGGCUCUUAGCCCGGCCUGACCCCGCCCCCCGGGCCCCAGCAUGGAGGUCAAAGGGCAGCUCAUCACCUCCUCCAGCUACAGCUCUGCAGAUGCCCUGGGGUGGGAACCCGGCGCCCGGCUGCGGCUGCAGGAGCUGCUGGAACGGCAGCGGGGCCUGCGGGAGGCGCUGGGCCUGCGGGUGGCCGAGCUGCGCCGGCUGUGUCUGCAGGAGGCCGAGCUGACAGGGAAGCUGCCCCCCGAGUACCCACUGGAGCCGGGGGAGAGACCCCACCUCGUCCGGAGAAGAGCAGUGCCCGCCCACCGGGGACCUGGAGCCGAGGCGCUGGCGUGGGAGCUGUGCCGGGAGCUGGCCGUGCAGCGGCAGGUGGUGGAGGCCGCUCGGCGCCUGGCCCUGGCCCCGGAGCUGACGGAGCAGCAGCGGCGCCGGCGCCGGCAGGUCCAGGCCGAGGCGGCCCAGCGGCUGCGGGAGCUGGAGGGGCAGCUGGGGGAGACGCGGGCCCAGCUGGGGGCGCCCCGGGGAGCACACGAUGAGGCGUUCACCUCCGAGAACAGCUCCCUCUCCGAAGCGGCCAGUCACGAGAACGAUGACCCCCACGGUUUCCACCCGCCCAAGGGGGGCCCUUCGUCCCCCCGCAGCCGGGAUCACCUCCGCGCCGUGUCCGGCAGCCCCGACCGCCGGCCCGGCUGGCGAGGGCCCCCCAUGGAGCUGGGCGGGGGGGCCGCCAGCCGCCGCAGCUCGCUAGCCAGCCCUACCAGCCCGAAUCGGACCCUGCCCCGGAGCGUCUCCAGCUUUGAGGGCCGGAGCGUCCCAGCGACCCCGGUUCUGACCCGGAACAUCUGCAGCGGGAGCCAGAACUUCAGGCCGGACGCCCCCCCAGCCGCCCGCCAGUGGUCGGGGAGCCAGGACUCCCAGCUUGGCCCCCCCAGCCGGGACCCCAGCGCCGACCGGGCCCCCCCCGCCUUCGCCGCCCGCACCCGCCGCAGCAACAGCUCGGAGGCCCUGAUCGAGCGGGGGGCUCCCCCCGAAGACCCCCCCUUCCGCGGCCCGCCCCGGCCCCCCUACGCCGAGAUCCUGCUGGACUAUUACCUGGAGCGCCAGGGCUGGCCGGCGGGCGACCACCUCUCGCGCCGCGACGCCCCCCCGCCGCCCGGCUGGGGAUACCCCGAGAGCCCCCUGCCGCGCCGGGCGGGACGUGCCAAGUCCUGCGGGCCCCCUCCCCAGAGCCAGCCGCCCCCGGCCCCCCAGCGCCCGCCCCGGGCCGUCCACAAAGCCUUGGCCCUGGAGGGGCUCCGGAACUGGUACCUGCGUAACGCCGGGGGGGGCCCGCCCCCACCCCGGGACAGGAGAGGGGGGCCCCCCCGCGGCUGGCCCGAACCCCACCCCCGGCCGGAGACGGGGGGCUACCUGCCACAUUCGUUGAGCUACGCUGGGCAGCCGCUGCAGGGCAGGUAUGGGGGCCGGGGGGGCUGGCAGCCCUGAGUUAAGGUUGGGGGGCCUAGGGGACCGAACCCCCCCUUGGAAUCAUCGCCCCCAUUGCUCCCCCGCAGCAGGGGUACACCCCCCAGUUGUUUGGGGGGGGCAGGAGGCUCAUGCGUCUCUUGCUAGGACGUCGGCCUUUCGUCAGCUGCCCCCCCCCACCCCUCCUCCACGGGCAGCGUUGGCGGG